CUCGAGGAGGAUCUCGCCGGAGAUGAGGCGAAACCGCCUGCCGAUCGCGCUGCUUCUCGUCUGUUGCGUCGCGCUUCACGCCGACGCCUGGAACAAUCGCGGCAGGCACAGAGUCGCCGACCGCAAACGGUUGUGGCAGACGAACGACAGCGGCCCCGGUCAGCGGACGAAGCACCAGUGGGAAUCGCCGAAGUUUCCGAACAAUCGGACCCAGGUCGCCAGGCAGAAAAGACUCUUCUCGUUGUUCACGCUGGUGAAGUUCGACAAUGGCAUCUGCGGCGGCUCGAACGGAGAGAACGGCACGUGUAUCGCGGCGGCGGAAUGCGCUCAACGCGGCGGCGCCUCCAGCGGCGUUUGCGCGAACGGUUACGGAGUCUGCUGUAUAGUCACGAUGUCCUGCGGCUCGAUGACCAAUGACAACAACACGUACUUCGUCAACCCGAACUACCCGUCCUCUUACGACGGCAUGAACUCUUGUCAGAUCACGUUGGUGAAGUCGCAUCCGGAUGUAUGCCAAUAUCGAUUGGACUUCCCGCAGUUCAACAUCAUGGGCCCGGAGACGACGAACAACGUCUGCACUUACGAUCAAUUCAUCGUUUCCGGCGGCAAUCCGGUGCCAACGAUAUGCGGUAAUAAUAACGGGAAUCACAUGUACAUAGACACGGGCGUCGGGCAGACGAAUCCGAUCACUCUGACGUUCGUCACGAGCGGCAGCUCGUUCCCGCGGGCGUGGAAAGUCCGCAUUUCGCAGAUACGGUGCAGCACGAUCUACCGGGCGGAGGAGGGCUGCCUGCAGUACUUCACCGGAGUUUCCGGUCAGAUCAAGUCCUUCAACUACGAUCCCACGGGCGGCCUGCAGCUGUCGAAUCAGGACUACAGCAUAUGCAUUCGCAUGGAGAGGAACUUCUGCGGGAUCCAGUACAUGGCGUGCAUCGACGACGCUCAAGUGAUGAUGCCCGCCGGCGUGGCGGCGGUGGGGCAGAUAAUGCGUAGCAACGCGUUCACAUUGACCGGGAACACGCAGGCCACGCAGAUCGCGUCGAUGACCGGGGUGUCUUGCCUGACCGAUUGGCUGGCGAUACCGUGCGCCACGAACUCCGGCAGGAUGUCCACGGCGCCGCUGAUAUGCGUCGACCGCUUGUGCGGAGGCACCUUCAACGCGGAGACCCAGAACCUGAACAGCUCGCCCGUUAUCAGCACCGUCAAGCCGUUCCGAUUGAUCUUCCACACGGACAACAUCGAGGCGCCCGGCGACGUCGGGAACAGAGGCUUCUGUCUCAACUACGUGCAACAACCCUGCACGACGAAAUUAAGAUGAAGGCCAUCGCUUGUACAAAGCACAUACACAUAAACACACAUACAUAUGCACACACGCCGUUGAGUACAACGGGAAGAGCAAAAACGUAAGUUUGCAGAAUCUCAAUUUUUAUUUCGAAACUUUUUAACACACAUAUCUUUACUCUUAACUACGUUGAAUAUACGAAGAGUUCGCAUUAGAAAACGACUGAUAGUUCAGUUUUAUGAAAAUGUGCUGUCGUACAAAUCAAAAGGUACCGACGCGUACCUUUCCCGAUAGAAAAAAAAAUAAUAAUUAAAAAAUAGAGACGAAAAAGGAGAGAUUGAGAAUCCGUUUCAUCGGAUGUACCGCGUUACGCACAUACACACUCGCGUGUAGAUCAAAGAGCAAUCGCAUAGUCGCAGGAUACUACGAAAAAAAAAAAUCGAGCUGGACCGGGAGAGACGCGCAUCCUUCUUCGGACCUUUGACAGAUAUAUCGUGUAUAGUAAUUACAGACGAAACCGAUAUUGCACACGAGAAGUGUAACAGUCAAUAAAAUAUCGAGAACGAUAAAGGGACGGUAAAAUUACAUCGUAGAUUAUUAUUAUUAUUAUUAUCGUGCUACCGUAACCGUUUAGUCAAUUAACUGUACAGAAUAACAAUAUAUAUAGCGGUAGAAUAUAUAUAUAUAUAUAUUACGAUUAGAACACACGUAUAUAAUUAUAUUCGCGCUUAUUUUUUUUUUCGGUUUCUUUUUGUGUCACGAACGUCCGCGCCGAGUCGAUGGACUCUUCCGAUCCGGUGAAAGUGGUAAAUUAAUCUAACGUAACUUAAGUUGACGCUAUAGACAAAUGUGUACAUAUGCAAGUUGACGCUAUAGACAAAUGUGUACAUAUGCAUUUAUACAUAUAACAAAAGCAGAGGUAGCUUUCUCCAUCUCGUUCUCAGGAGACGACGAAACUCCGGUGAUAUACUUGAAACGGUCGUAAUAUGGUAAUAUACAUACAUGUGUAUAUAUACUAUGUGUGUAAGAGUAUGCAGAACGACGCUACUGUUUUCUUUUUUUCUCUUUAUGUAUACACGUAGUCGCGUCAGAAGACGGAAACAACGUUAAAACCACAGAUUACAGCUUAAUCUCCGUGUCAUCUCAUCGCGUGAUAUAUCACGAUCUUCUCUCUCUUUCUUUCUCUCUCUCUCUCUCUCUCUCUCUCUCUUUCUCUCUCUCUCUGUUUCUCUCGUGAUUAUCUUAUAUCGAUCGAAACGUUCUCUAUUCGAAAAUACGAAUCAGAAUAUAACAUAUCUCGCUGUCGAGAAGCGAGCCCGCGUUUCAUUCUACGAAGCCUGAUCCAUCACAGUUGCAGUGAAUUUUCGUUAUGAGUCUUCCAAAGAGAUCGCGCGCACAUAUCUUGGUAUAAUACUCUUUUAUCGCUCACAUUCAAUAUAAUCCAAUAUAAUCUGCCUUUUAAACAGCUAACGUUAAUAUACAUAUAUAAUAUGAAAACUCGUUUGUUCCCCCUCGAUGCACACAAUGAACUUGCGUGCGUGGAAAGUAUCAACACGCUGACGAGACACGCGGCACACACGCGCGUACCUUUCGAUGAUUCAACGUUAUCGUGUAAAAGGUGUUGCAUCAACAUUCGACUCAUUAAGACGGCUUGCCUGCCCAAAGGUGCGCGCUUCCAGAUGAUAACUUCGGAUUUGUCGAUAUGGUCACUCGAAUACCUUUCCAAUAAAGUUAUAUAGUUACAUAGUUAUAGCGUUCCAAAUUAUCAUAAUUUCAAUUUAAGUUAUUCCGUUUAACCCCAUGCUUCUUCAUGUUUAUACUUUUAAAUAUUUUAUACAUACAAUGUUGGGUUCCUAACCGAUCCGUGAUGCGAAUCCGUUGAAAUUAUGAUAAUUUGGAACGCUAUAAUUUCGUUAGAAAGAUAUCUGAGUGACUAUAUCGACAAAUUCGAAGUUAUCAUCUGAACGCGUCCACUUUUGGGCAGGCAACACGUCGUAAUGAGUCGUAUGUUGAUGCAACACCCUGUACGGUUAUAUCAUUAUAGCAAAUAGGAGGUGUUGCUCGUUCACUUUCAAUCGUCUCGUACUUUACGAAGGAAAUAAUACUGCGAAUUUUCCGAGAGAUCACCCGCCCCCCUCCCCUCUAUACAUUUAUACACUUAUAACACAUUUAUACACUUAUAACACGAUCUUCCUUUUUGCGAGAUAGGUCGUAGAGACGUCAUAAAGCGCAUGUACCGGUGAUCGAGUGAACAGUUGAUGCGUAGUUAUCGCUAGCAAGAGUUGCCGAUGUUGGACCAAGCAAUCGUCGCAGGCCGCUCAAGUAUGAACAUUUCACGCGUAGCGCGCGUGACGUAUAAAAUUAACGGUAAUAUCCUUAAGGCUUGAGGAAAAUACCCUGGAUUGACGAACGACUGAAUUGCUUUCCAUUUUGCUCGACGUAAAAGUGCAAUUUAGUACCGUGGCGAAUAGGCGAAGUGUCGCAAAUUCAUUUCUUCUUCGUCUUUUUUUCUUCUCUUUCUUUCUAAAGCCGUUAUUGGUCGAUAACAGUUUCCUUUUGAUCGUGCAUAUCGCCGAAAUUGACACCGUGGAAAG